AGAGCGGUAGGUGUUGUUAUUUUAGUCCAACAACGAGAGGAAGAAAUGGUGGCGCGGGAGGCCUGGCCCCUUCUUCCAGGAGAGGAUUGAAAACGGGUCAAGAAAGAGCAACAAAGGUCACAAUCAGGAGAAUGAGAAUUGUAGGGAGCUAGCAGUGGUGUCACAGAAAACAACCAAGCCCUUAGUAGGGAAGAAAGAGUGUGGAAAUGAAAGAGGUGCAAAAGAGCAAAAAAGAAACCAAUUAAAGCGUGGGAGGAAGAAACAGCCUGUUUUUCAGCAGUGGUAGAACUCUUGCCCUCCCAGACAAAUCCUGAAGAAAAAAAUAUAGCAUCCUGUCUGGCAAAAUAUUCAAAUGUACAUCACCCUUCAAAGUACACAUGAGAGUUCACAUGGGGAAGAAACCCUAUGAAUGCAUGGACUGUGGGGAAAGUUUCAGGUUUAGAAAUCAACUUAUUUUGCAUCAUAGAAUCCACACAGGAGAGAAACCGUAUAAAUGCAUGGAAUGUGGAAAGAGCUUCAGUGAGAAUGGAAAACUGUAUGUACAUCAAAGAACCCACACAGGUGAGAAGCCAUACAAGUGCAUGGAAUGUGGGAAGAGCUUCAGUCAGAGUGGACAUCUACAUUCACACCAUAAAAUUCACACAGGGGAGCAGCCCUAUAAAUGCAUGGAAUGUGGGAAGAGCUUUAGUCAGAGUGGAAAUCUAAAUAUACAUCAAAGAACCCACACAGGUGAGAAGCCAUACAAGUGCAUGGAAUGUGGGAAGAGCUACAGUCAACAUGGACAUCUACGUUUACAUCUAAGAACACACACAGGGGAGAAGCCAUAUGAAUGCAUGGAAUGCGGAAAAAGUUUCACAAGGAAAGACCUUCUUACUUUACAUAAAAAAAUUCACACAGGGGAGCAGCCCUAUAAAUGCCUGGAAUGUGGAAAGCGUUUCAGACUCCUUGGACAAUUAAAUUUGCAUCGAAGAACACACACAGGGGAGAAACCAUAUAAAUGCAUAGUUUGUGGAAAGAACUUCCGUGACAGUGGGCGCCUUAAUUCACAUAAAAGAACCCACACAGGGGAGAAGCCAUAUGAAUGCAUGACAUGUGGAAAGAGUUUCAUAAGGAACGAUAUUCUUAGUUCACAUCAAAGAACCCACACAGGGGAGAAACCGUAUAAAUGCCUGGAAUGUGGAAAGAGCUUCUCUGACAAUGGAAAACUACAUUCUCAUCAAAGAACUCACACAGAGGAGAAUCCGUAUAAAUGCAUGGAAUGUGGAAAGGUCUUCAGUUAUAGCAGGAGUCUACAUGUACAUCAAAGAACCCACACAGGAGAGAAACCAUUCCAAUGCAAGGAAUGUGGAAGGAGCUUCUCUAACAAUGGAAAACUACGUUCUCAUCAAAGAACUCACACAGGGGAGAAACCAUAUAAAUGCCUGGAAUGUGGAAAGAGCUUUAGUCAAAGUGGACAUCUAAAUGUACAUCAGAGGACACACACAGAGGAGAAACUGUAUAAAUGCAUGGAAUGUGGAAAGGACUUCAGUUAUAGCGGGAGUCUACAUUCCCAUCAAAGAACCCACACAGGAGAGAAACCAUAUAAAUGUAUGGAAUGUGGGAAGAGCUUCAGUCGGAGUGAUAGUCUACAUUCCCAUCAAAGAACCCACACAGGAGAGAAACCAUAAAGUUGCACAGAAAAUGAGAAGCGGUUCUGUUAGAAUGGAACCUGUAGUAAACAUCAAAGAAUCUGCAUGGGCAUAUGUAACGACUGGGGCCUCCAAUCAUUUGAGGACUCCUUCCAGACCACAAAGAGUUAAUCUGGGGGGAGGUACAUGCUAAUGAGAGCUUACAUCACAUGCUAAUGAGCUGUGACAUCAUAGCUGACGUAAGGUCCAACUGACCAAUCAGCAGAGCUGGACGGGCUUUUCAAGAACAUUCCAUGAGAAACCUUUAAAAGGCCUUGGGCUCCAUGUGGUCCUUUGUCUCCCUUUUAUAUCUCUUGGGGGGAACCAUGUGUUCUUUGUUCUCCAUUUUUGUGUUUGUUUUGGGAACCAGCUGUGAGCCUGUAGAGAGCAGGCUUAAAGGAUGCAAGUUGAGCUAGGCGAUGAGAGCCAGCUCCUUGCAUCUAAAACUCAACCAGGACUGCAAAUCCCAUCACUGUGUGAGUAGCUAGGAAAUGUGUUAGCUAGUGCGUUUAGGCUUUUGUUAUGUUAUCUAAUAGCUUGCCUGAAAUGAACAGCUUGUAACUAUGCAUUCUGUACCUGCAAGGCAAGGAGGCUUUGCAUGAAUGAUAUCUUCUUGCUCUAGUUUGUUAUUUAGAAUAAAUAACUUUCUUUAAAGGUAUCCGCUGUCUCUGCUCCUGUACACGUCCCUAACUUGGUUGCUUAAGUUAGCAAGGAAAGGAAACAAGGAGUCUUUAGCAAGUCCUAGUGUGUGCUAAAGGGAAGUCAUUGGGAAUUCACUCGGUGGUGGCAGCGAAUAGGAGAUCUCAAGGGGUCUCAUUCAGCUCAGCAGGGAGCGGGAAUGGAGACCUAAGACUCUAGGAGGAAGGUAAAGGGAUCCCCUGGGGUUAAGAGCCAAGAACAGGGUGGCUGUGUGGCUGCUGGACCCCAAGGAUCAUCACAGCAUAUGAAAGCAUCGUAUGUUGAAAGAGCUUCUAAAAUGGCUACACACCACAAAGAACCUCCACAGAGAGAAAUGAUAUCAAUGCAUUGGAUUGUGAAAGGUGGUCUGAUGAUGGCAAAACUGACUUGGGAUGACCCAUUAGUGCAGCAGUUCUCAACCUGUGGGUCGCAAGCCCUUUCACAGACCCUCGGAAAACACUCCUCUGAAUUUUUAGGAAAAUAUUGGAAAGAGAUGAUAAUUUGAAGUUGAAGCAGAUAGAGAUCUGAAGAAAAAGGCAGACUUAUCAAACAAGAAAGAUUAUUCUGUAUGAAUGUAUAAGAUAAAGAGUUAAAGAUGAAAUAUAAAAGUGUACUCAGAAGGUAAAGCUAAAGUAGGACAAGAAAGAAAAUAAAUUACAAUCAUUUUAGAUUUAUAAUGACAAGCACAAUAUAAAUGUAAAGAAAGCAGUAAGAAUAAUUAAAAAGAUAGAACGAAUGCUAAUAUUACAAAGCUAAGAAAAGCCCAAGUAGUAGUAGUAGUAGUAAUUUAAGAUAGGUUAUAAGACUGUAAUGUGAUAUGUGAUUAUUUUGUUAUAUAGUUUUAUACAGAUAUAUAUUUAGAUAUGUACAGAUGGUUAAUAGAGUUUUCUAUAUUAUUAAAUUUGUUAGAUAGAGGCUUAGUUGUUAGCAAUAUGGUUAUGUAUCAACUACUGGUGCAAUUCUGAAGCCAAGGCUGUUGGGACUAGAAAGAAGAGAUUCCCAGGUCUUCUGCCAAAUGCCAGACAUUGAGGCAUUACAUUAUGGCCAUAGUAAAAUGUGGGAAAUCAUAGCUAAUUGUCAUGUUACACAUGGGGAGGGACUUUAACGUACACCUAUAAAAGUGUUAUUGUGUGCUUAAACUUCAGACCUGACAGAAAAGUCACACAUCUGUCUGUUAUGUUUUCCCCCACUAAAUAAAAGCUGUUCUUUUG